ACUGGCUGUGCCGAGCCAUCUGGGUAAUGGCGGUGUCCAUCGAUUGCUUCGGCAGCAGCCAGGCGUUCAUUGGAGGCUGCACGCGAGCUCGUGUGUUGCCAUGGUGAUGAUAUCAUCCAGGAUCCAGCAACAUUAUGUUAAGAAGCUGGCCUCACCACCACCGCCGCCGCCGCCGCCUGCUAGAGGACACUGGUGGCUGUGUCGGUUCCUUUUGUGAUACUCGCUUGUCAACAGACGGUGGGGACUAUUUUUUUUUUAAAGCCGUUUCUGCUGUAAAUACUGGACUUUGCUGGCACCUGACCGUGUUGUAGCUGAUUUUUGUAGUUCCCAGUCUCCACAACAAAUCUCGGAUUUUUGGUCGAGAAUCAUGCAGCUUUCUGCGUCUUCCGUGUGUGGUAACGGGUCUACAGUUCGUUCUCUGCCUCAUGUGAUGCAUUCCUCAACACCCACCACCGGCUUCUGCCUGUCGCUGCAUCUGGCUGUUUGCUAGAAGGACUAGUAGGCCAUUUUCUUUUCAUUUCGUCUUUAUCUCCGAUCACCAGGAUGGGCACCGUGUUGUCUUUCUCUCCACGCCAACGGAAGCCUCUGUGCGAGGACAUCAACCUGAACAAUUUCACGUACGAACAGCUCAACAAUGCCAAAAACAUUCCCAAUAUUCCGCCAAAGGAGAAAAACUUCAAGCGCCAUUCCAUGUUUCUCAGCGUGCUCAGCUGGAAGAAGUUCACCGUCAACCCCAAGAAGAAGGACAAGAACUUGUUAAAGCUUUCAAACUCUACGAUCCUCCACAGCAACAAGUUAGACAACAACUUUAAUCUGGAGAAUGUCAACUUGAACAAAAACAUCCAGAAGUCGGUUUCCUGCUACAACCUGAAAACAGGGCAAGAGGAACCCGUGCACACCAUUGUGCCGGUGAAGGUGGCGCCAGUGGUGACUAAGAAACUGGUGGACAAGUGCUGCAGUCCUAAGCGGACGGUGAUCCAAGCCUCCACCUCCGAGCUUCUCAAGUGUCUGGGGGAGUACCUGAAGCGCAAGUGUAAAAAACUGCGGCACUUUGAGCCCAGCGACGCCAUCUUGUGGUUACGGUCCGUGGAUCGCUCCUUGCUGCUUCAAGGAUGGCAGGACAUCGCCUUCAUCAACCCGGCCAACGUCGUCUUCAUCUACCUGCUGGUACGGGAUGUCGUGCCCAGCGAGCUACAGUCCGAGCACGACCUGCAGGCCCAGGUACUCACCUGUCUCUACCUGUCCUACGCCUACAUGGGCAACGAGAUCAGCUACCCGCUCAAGCCUUUCUUGGUGGAAGAGGACAAGGACAAGUUUUGGGAUCGGUCCCUGCUCAUCGUCGAGCGACUCAGCGCCAGCAUGCUUCGCCUCAACAAGGACCCCAGCUUUUUUACAGAAAUCCUCACCGAACUCAAAGCUUACUCUCCGUGUAUAUGAGAAGCCACACCGCGGGUGUUCAGGUGUGUUCUUUCUCCAACCUUCGUGCGACCGUACCCACCGUCGUAGCGCCAGUUCUCCAGGAAGAUAGCAACUCCUGUGGUUGGUUCCCUACAAAUAUUUGAAACUCACCAGAUGGUAAGAAUGUUGACUUCGAUUCCUUGAGCUGCCCACUCGCUGGUCAUGCUCUAGAACUGUUGUUCCCAAGAGAAUGGAACGAAAUGAAGACUUGAUCAGAGGAGACUGGUCCUCGCCAAGUAUUCUAGAGACAAAGUCAUUUUGCUGUUUAUAGAGACAAGCAGCGAUAGCCAUAUUGUUUACAAAGACAAACUUUUUUCUAGUCUAAAGCCUUUUAUUAUAAGUUUGUUGCCGUUGCUUUAUUUUUGUUUAGCCUCAGUUUGAGUAAGUACAAUAUAUCAUGUAAUUUUGAUGAAACAUAUUUUACUGGCAUUAUCUUUCGCAUAUUGUUCUCUUUCAAAAUGAAGUAAAAAAGAUUUUUUUAAAAUAAUCAGUAAUUGUCUCGGUGAGAUACAAGUGUAAACAGUUUACAACAAGAUGACACAAUACAAAGAUGUUAUCUCUUUGUUUCUGUACACUUUAGUAAUGGUAAUCAAUCUUCACACCCAGAGAAAA